UCUGGAGGUAGUUCCUCUUUUUUUCCACUGACUAGUAAAUUAUGGCUUACUGUGUGGGAUUUCUCAGGGAAACUAUUCCCAAUCUUUAUCUUUGAAUGAACCGCAAUAUCAUUUAAACAUCAAUAAAUAUAUCAAAUAACUAAAUUAGAAACCUUGCACUGAAAUGUGACACCUGUUUUGACAGAGCUCCUGCAAGAUGCAAAUAAAUCCUUGUGAUAGUCCCAUGUACAGCAUUUCCAUAAAGACUCUUUGGGAAUGACUGAAACACAACAUGUGAAGAGUGAGAGAAAGAAGGAGUAACAACUUGCAGAAGUGCGCUUUAACAACUGUGUAUAUGAAAACAACAUGCUCCAUUUGGUGACUUUGCUGCUGGCAUCAGGUUAUGUCACUUUAUGUUCACACAUUCAAGAGUAUCACUUUAUAAAGGAGGCUAAGACAUGGGAGGAGGCCCAGAUAUCCUGCAGAAACAACUACACUGACCUCGCUACUAUUGGCAGCCAUGAUGACAUGAAGAGGCUGGUGAACGUGACAGCAGCCAGUGGCAUGACGGAAGAAAUCUGGAUUGGUCUCACAGAGACCAGGGUGGCAUCCUGGCUGUGGUCUGUGGGAGAAACUCAGAGCAGUCACGGAGUGGCUGAAUACACUAACUGGUCCAUUGGUCCCAAUUCCUCUCACCACUGUGGAGGCAUGAGGGCUGAUGGGAAAUGGCGCAGUGCACUCUGUGAAACACCACUUCCUUUUGUCUGCCAGGAAGAACAUUUUGCAAUAUUCACAGAGGGGUCCAGUAGGGUGUAUAUUGUUCUUCAAGAGAAGUCCUGGAGGGAAGCCCAAGAGUACUGUCGACUGAAUAACACAGACUUGGCCAGUGUGAGGAACCAGACUGAAAAUCAGGCAUUACAGCAAACAGUUUUUGAAAAGGGGUCAUCGCUGUUCCUGAUCUGGAUCGGUUUGUUCAGAGAUGAGUGGAAAUGGUCGGACGAGAGUGACAGCUCCUUCAGAUACUGGGAGAGAAGUCAGCCAAAUGAUGAUGGAGUGUGCGCAUUGUACAGACCCUCCGACAACAAGUGGUAUGACAGAGAUUGUACCUCCUCAAAAUACUUCUUCUGCUAUAGUGAAAAGAAAGUCAUGAGGCAGAUCGUGAGGGUAGAAAUGAAGUCAAAUUCGUCCUUUGACUUCAGUGAUUCUGCUGUGAGCAAAGCCAUUUUGAACCAAAUCCAAAAAAGGUAUGACGGGGUCAAACUUCAGUGGAGUGUCCAGCCAGAUGGGAAGAUUUUCCAUAAAAAAUAA